AUGUUUAGAAGGGCUUUCUCCACUGGGUUUCGUCUUCUACAGCAGAAUGGAAAACCAUCGUCGAUAUCCCACGCUGAGUUUUUGUCGAAGUACUAUCCUAAGGAACUUGUGAAGUCCAUUCAACUUGCAGAAUCGGUCAUCCCACCAGACACAAAAUUUGAGGUGUCGACCAAUGUCGAGUUUUCUCCCUCUUAUCUGGACGAUUUUUCGAAAUUGGAUCCUUACUGGGAUUACAAGCCAGGUCUUCCCAACAUCCAUUCGCAAGAGCCCUCCUCUGUGUACGACUUCAAUGAAAUCCAACAGAAGAUUCCCAAUGGGCAAGAUGUUCCUCCGGGUUCAUCCAUACCACGCUUAGACGGUGGUCGCUCUUCUGCAACUGCUGAAAUUGCACGUGGUCUGCGCAAACAGACUGGUGUAGAUGUUGACUAUAUCACAAAGAAACUGGUUAUGCGUCCAUUGAUCAUGAAACGUGUUUCCAAUCAGACUGGUAAGGGUAAGAUUCCAAGUUUUUAUGCUCUUGUUGUUGUGGGUGACCGUAACGGUAUGGUUGGUCUCGGCGAGGGCAAAUCCAGAGACGAGAUGUCGAAAGCGGUCUCCAAGGCACACAGGGAUGCUAUUCGUAACCUCAAAGAAAUUCCAAGGUACGAGAAAAGAACUAUAUAUGGAGAUAUUGACCACAGAUACCACGGAGUUAAACUAUUUCUCAGAUCAGUGAAGCCCGGUUUUGGACUCAGAGUUAACCAUAUCAUUUAUGAAAUCUGUGAAUGCGCAGGUAUCAAAGAUUUGAGUGGGAAGGUCUACAAGAGUAGAAAUGAAAUGAACAUCGCUAAGGGAACACUCGAGGCUUUGACAACUGCCCAACAGACCUUAGAUGAGAUUGCAUUAGGAAGGGGUAAGAAGGUCAUUGAUGUGAGAAAGGCAUACUACUCCAGUUAG